UCAGCAGCCAGACGAAUUCGGGCUGGUUACCAUGGAGACGCGACGUGGGAAACGUUAAAGUGUGACAGAAUAAGACUCAACUGUCAGGGAAGGAAACACGCCGCGCUCUCUGUGAUGGAGUUUCCCCUUCACUCCCAGCAGCUGCUCUCAGCACUUCGUUGCCAGCGGCAGCGGGGUUUCCUCUGUGACUGUACUGUUGUGGUGGGCUCAUCGCGUUUCCUGGCGCACCGGGCUGUUUUGGCCUCAUGCUCGCCUUUCUUCCACAUGUUCUACUCUGACUCUCCCGGGGGAAACAGCACUUGCAGCUCUGUCACGCUUGACAGUGACAUCGUCACGUCUGCUGCAUUUGGCUUGCUCUUGGACUUUAUCUAUGAAGGUGUGCUGCAGCUGGAUAGGGCUCCCCCAGUGGAAGACAUAUUGGCCGCAGCAAGCUUUCUUCACAUGAACGAGGUGGUGAGGGUGUGCAAGAAACGGCUGCAAAGACGAGGGCCCAUGGCUGAGGCCGACAGCACACGCUCUGAAGAUAACGGCGGAUCCAGAAAGGCAUCAGAAACGGGGAACGAGGAUGAGAGAGGAGCUCACACUAUGGUGGCUAUGGCUGCUGAUGACUCAGAUCCCAGCACAAUCGCAGUGCCACAGCUAUCAGUGUCCCAAGUGGGAGAGAGGAGUCAGGCAGGGUUUGUAAAGUCUGAGCAGAGGACUUGUGGGAAUUCAUCAGAGGCACGAGUUCAGACUCCUCUGAGUCCUGACCUAGCCGAUACUACCCAGCCAGGCAUGGAUCUCCCUCCUCUGCCCCCUGGUGGGGAGCUGCUGCAGGGGCUCACAACAAGCCAGCAUCCCCAUACCUCUGCAGGUCACACCAGGCUGGGCAGUAGAGCUCAGGCAGAAGGAUCAGCUCUCUGCAGUCCCUGUAGCACCACCGAGAUGUACAGCCAAACUGGUGGUCAGUCGGUCGUCGCUCUCGGCCAGUCAGUAUCUCGCCCCUUCACCAGCACACUCCCAGAUGAAAACCGGAUGAUCUGUGACGACUCUGUAGGGGUCCACGCGGAGACUGACCACAGAGACAUACUGGGCAAGGGACAGCCGAUGGUUAUGUUAAUCCAAGCACCAGCUCUGACCUCAAAGCUACAGACAAACACAGGACGCCCAUCACUCCAGCACACACCUCCCCAACUACAAAUUCAGAGCACAGUGUCCCUCCGACGGCAGAGCUCAGACUCAGACCAUUCCGCUCAGACUCUUCAAGGACCUGAGGAGGACAUUAGAGCUCCACCCAUUACAAUAAGAGAUAGAUCCCAGUCUCUUGUGGGUGAAGUGAGGACAGGAAAGUUCAGAGACACUGUGAAAGUUAAAGUGGAGGCCAUUGUUAUUUCUGAUGAAGAGCCAGAGGAAGAGAAAGAGGAAAACGGGGACGGAGACCCAGUGAUGGAAGUGGAAGAUGAAUUUGAAGAUGACACCCAGGAGGAGGAGGAGGAGGAGCUGGGCAUCUCUCAGUUUCUCCCCUCCCAUCCACAGGGUCUCUUACAAAUCAACUCCCAUUCAAAUUACUACUCCCUCCCCCUCUCUCCCUCUUCCCCCUCCUCUGGUGCUGGACCUUCCUCUCAAGAUACUGCAACCUUUACUGCCUCCCUCAUUACUCCGUCCACAUCUCUGCAGCAUUCAGACCCUCCCUCCUACUUCCAGGACCUGCAGGACUCCAUGGGGAGUUUUGUGGAGGAUGUCCCAACAUGCGGGGUCUGUGGGAAGACUUUCUCAUGCGCGUACACCCUAAGGCGGCAUGCCAUUGUGCACACACGGGAGCGCCCUUAUGAGUGCCGCUACUGCUACCGGAGCUACACGCAGUCGGGAGACUUGUACCGGCACAUUCGGAAAGCUCAUGACCACUCUUUACCGGCCAAACGCAGCAAGGCGGACACCGAGCCUCCCCUACCACCCCAGCCUCCACCCCCUUCUCUCAGCUAA